CCAGUAUGCAAUUAGACAGAAAUGGCUGCGCGCACCCCUGCUGACAGAAGACGUGCUUCCAUUACAAUGUACGAUCCAGCCCGAGACACGUAUACCGUCUCUGAUGAUGGUCCUCCACUAGCUAGUGCGGCAGAGCGCAUCAAGGUUCAUGAACUAGCCGAAGAGGAACAGACGAACGAUGAAGCUUUGCGUUCACGAGGAUCCACACCCGCCCAUAAUAAUGAAGAGAAGAGUCCUUCAUACAACUCUUUAAAAAAGGAGACUCCGCCCAUCCACUCCACGCCGCAGGAAACUAUCAAUAGUGGCGGCAGGGGCUCAAAGCCUGAAAGAAGCUUCUCUCCACCUCACAACCAUAACAAAAAUAACAUCACCAAACACUCGUCGACUUUUCUUUCGUCUCAUUCUACCCACAAGAAACAGACCCCUUCCGCUGCUCCUUCUUUUAUUCCAAUGGGCUCUUCCUCGGAUAUAGCGCACGAUGAAUUGCCACGCAGUGGUGGACCAUCCUCCCAGAGCCCCAAAUCAACUCACAAUGGACACGCGGAACCACUAGAGGCCCGACAAAAGAAUAAGACCGAUAGCAACGAAAGGAAGAGAAAAUUGCCGGAAAAUGACCCCCAGCCCGAAAAAACAGAACCCGCCCCCGAACAACGACCGGUGUCAAAGCGCAAACGGCAGGAAGAAAGUUCACUGAAGAAUAAAAAACGUGGAAAGGCCCCGCCAUCUGCUUACUCACUUCGCGAUCGCUCUCCCGAUUCAAGACAUAGAGGCCUCCAAACGCGCAGGUCACCGUCACCUUCUCCAAUACGGCGUUCUGAAUCCCCAGAUGCUUCUGCCCCAAGACAAAGAAAGAGACCGGGUGGAGCAGCUCGGAUCGGGUCUGCAAAUCUUGAAGCGCUGAAACACAGACAGGAGGAACGAAGACGGCAGAUGGAGGAGGAAGCCAAGUUGGCAUUGCGAGAGCGUGGAGUCCACGAUGUCGUUCGUCAACAUUACAAUGCGGUUCCGGAAAGAGGUAGGGAAUGGCGGAAGACAGAUAGCAGAAUAAAGGGCCUGCGAAGUUUUAACAAUUGGAUUAAAAGUACGGUUAUCCAGAAGUUCUCUCCUGAUGAGGAAUUCUUGGCUCGAACAAACGGGAGGGAUUGGGCUGGCGCGGAGCCUGCAGAAGAGAAAAAGCUGCUUGUCAUCGAUGUGGGAUGUGGUAAGGGGGGUGAUCUGGGCAAGUGGCAGCAGGCUCCGCAACCGGUAGAUCUUUACGUGGGCUUGGAUCCUGCGGAAAUAUCUAUCGAACAGGCUCGCGAGAGAUACAUUAGCAUGAGAAGAGGGAAGGACAGGAUUAGGGGUAGAGGUCAUCCACUCUUCCAUGCGGAAUUUUAUCCUAAGGACUGUUUCGGUGAAUGGGUUGGUGAUAUUCCGAUUGUGCAACAAGUCGGUAUUGACGGAAGCGUUGGGCCUGAUGGGUCGAUGAUGGCGGCUCGAUGGGGCGGUGGUGGCUUUGACAUUGUCGUCUCCAUGUUUAGCAUGCAUUAUGCCUUUGAGAGCGAAGAGAAGGCCCGGCAGAUGCUGCACAAUGUCGCUGGUUUGUUGAAGAAGGGCGGCCGUUUCAUCGGCGUAGGGCCCAAUUCAGACGUGCUCAGCGCCAAAGUUGUGGAAUUCCAUGAGAAAAAGAAACAGCAGGAGGUUGCUGCCGCUGCCGCGGCUGCUAAGCUUGAUAGUGAGCGUGAGGAUGGUGAAGUGGAGGAAUCGCCAAUGACAGUACCCGAGUGGGGGAACAGUAUCUAUCGCGUCCGGUUCCCCGGCGAGACGCCCGAGGAUGGUGUUUUUCGCCCUGCGUUUGGCUGGAAAUAUAGCUAUUUCAUGGAAGAGGCUGUUGAGGAGAUUCCGGAAUAUGUCGUACCAUGGGAAGCUUUCAGAGCUUUGACGCAAGAUUACAAUCUGGAACUUCAAUACCGCAAGCCUUUCCUGGAUAUAUGGAAUGAGGAGAAGGAUGAUCCUAUCCUGGGACCACUCAGUGAGCGCAUGGGCGUUCGGGCGCGAGGAGGUGGGCCUAUGCUUGUCAAUGAGGAGGAGUUGGAAGCUGCUAGCUUUUACCAUGCGUUUUGCUUCUACAAGGUCUAACGAUGUUCAUUAAGCUACUGACUGCUAACUUAUUUAACCUCCGUCUACGUGGUGCCCUUGUGAUACUACGUCUGUCACAUAAUUUGCAUAUUCCAUGCCAUGCAUUUUACGCUAGACAUGUUUCCUGUGUUUUUUUGAUUUCUUUUUUGUUUAUUGGCAUUUCGAAAUUCGGUUAUUCUAUCUCAUGAUGCUCUACUUUACUAUAACUUUUACAGAAACUACAAUUACGCAUACACGAAAACAUAUGGGCAGGCAUAGUCCGGUAGGGUUCCAGUUGAUUGGUAUCUCUUCAUGUUAUGUACAGUACAUCUAUCCACAUCUGAAGACUUUGACUUGACACGGCCUGUGAUAUUCAAACGCUUUCUUCAGUCAUAUACUUCACAUACGACAUAUAUUGAUCGUUCAGAGUUACAAUCCGCUCUUAUGCAGUGAAUAAAGCUGAGCACGAUUUAUGUAGCUUUCAGUAAAAUAAUAGUAUAUUCAUAGCCACCGUUCUAUGUGCCUCACUGAUGUCCACGAACGUUUUGAAUCCGAAAAUCUCAAGCUCAAAUGGAAUAAUAUCCUUGACCAAGCGGAGCCAUAUCACAUGACUUCGAGCUUACUAGUCACGUUUUAGCGCCAUCACGUCGCGUCUUCCCGC